GCUUUUCGGUGCAUCCCCCAACCCACGGCGCGCGUGGAGAAGAGCCUUUUAUUGCAUUUUAUUUUCCUUUAAACACCGCUUAAAACAGGCGCUCUGCGGCGGCGUGGCCGCGGCACUCGGCCCGCCCGUCAGGCGGCGGGGCCCCGACACUCGGCCCGCCCGGGAGGCGGCGGCCGCGGCGGUAGAGGGCGGCGAGGGGGCCGCGGGGCCGCGGCAUGGGGGAUGAGCUGGCCUCCGAGGCCGACACCCUGCUUCAUUCAGAGAAGGAGUUCCACGAUGCAGCGAAGCGCAAUGACACGGCCAGGAUGGAGGAGCUCAUCAAGAGAGGGGUCGACAUCAAAGCCAAAAACAACACAGACCGAACUGCCCUGCACUGGGCAGCGGGAGCAGGGAACGUGGACGCUGUGCGACUGCUCCUGGACCACGACGUGCCGGUGGAUGACGAAGACAGUGUAGGAAGGCGAAUCUCCCUUGCCUGUUCUGCAAAUGUGUUCUGUGCUGGGGGAGUGCUGAGGACUGGGUGCUGGGUCCUGAGUGGGUGGCACAAGGCACCGCGGUACUCGGGAAGCUGUGGCCUCCCUGCGAAGAAGUUUGGAAUGAAUGCCCUUCUCCUGUCUGCAUGGUUCGGCCACCUCCGCGUCCUGCAUAUUCUCGUCAAUGCUGGGGCAAAGAUUAACUGUGUCAAUAAGAACGGCAGGAGCCUCCUGCACUGUGCAGCUCAGAGGGGACACAUCCGGGUGAUGGAGUUCAUCAUGGAGGACCUGGAGGACGUGCAUGUGGAUAAGACAGACAAGAUGGACAAGACAGCGUUUCACCUGGCUGCAGAGUACGGGCAGCUGGAAGUGGUGGAGUUCCUGAUUCACCAGGGUUGUUCUCACAAUGCUAAAGACGAGGAAAAGAAUACAGCAUUGCAUUUAGCUGCUAAAAAUGGACAUCUCUCAGUGCUGCAGAAGAUUGUAGGUAUCGGGGUGGACCUUGAUGAAAAGAAUUUAGAAGGACUUACGGCUUUGCACCUGGCUGCUGAGGGUGGGCACAGGGACUGCGUGAAGCUGCUCUUGGAAGUAGGUGCCGAUGUCAAUGCCCAAACCCAGAAGAAAAUGAACUGCCUUCAUUAUGCAGCGCUGCACGGCUACGUGGAGAUAGCCAGGACCCUCUUGGAUGCAGGAGCCCACAUAGAUGCUGUUAACCAUCAAAACGCGUCAGCGACCCACGUUGCAGUGCUGCAGAACUUCCCAGCAAUGGUGAAACUCUUCAUCGAUGCGGAGUGUGACCUUGACAUUCCAGAUAAUAGGCAGCAGACUUCGCUCCACAUCGCUGCAGAGCACGGCAGGCAGGACAUUGCCGAGAUGAUUCUCAUUGCAGGAGUCAAUCUGAAGCUGACAGACAAGCAAGGAAAAACAUCUUUGGAUGUCGCUGCCCGAGGCAAUCACAUCAACGUGGCAGACAUGAUUAUCAAAGCCGAUCGGUUUUACAAAUGGGAAAAGGACAACCUGAACAGUGACUCUGACUCCUGGGUGGCAAAGCACUUGACCUUUAAGCAAGACCACAGGGUGGAAACACAGCACAUUCGCUCAGUAAUGUGGAGAUUAGCAACUAAAUACCUCAAACCUGGUGAAUGGAAGAAGCUGGCACAUUUCUGGAAAUUCACUGAUGCACACAUUAGAGCCAUUGAGCAACAAUGGACAGGUACUAAGAGCUACAGAGAGCAUGGCCACAGGAUGUUACUUAUCUGGCUUCACGGUGUGAUCACAGCAGGAGAAAAUCCAGUCAAGGGAUUGUAUGAAGGUCUUGUGGGCAUUGGAAGAAGAGAUUUGGCUGAAAGCAUUCGGAAAAAAGCAAAUGCAGACUCUGCUUCUCCACGGAAGUGCACAGCCAUGUAAAACUGAGGGGUACUAGUGGUUCCUUAACUGAUGUGUCAUCGGUUGUCUUAAGAGCUACAAGAGAAACACUUGCUCUGUUACUUACCAGAAGGCAGCUAUAACCUAAGGGCUUCUUGUCAUAAAAAGCUGGUGUCAUUGCUGCUUCCUUCUUGGUCUGAAACUACAAGGAUAUCAGCAAACAGUAGCAGUCUAAAAUGCCUCUUUAAAAAGAAGUGAGAUUUUAUUGGCUCUUCUCUACGUUCUGAUACUGUAAUAAAAGCUAAGUCUCACUUGCCAUAAUGUGACUGAGUAUCAGGAUAUACUACAAGAUUUUAUUGUAAUUUUAUUGUAACUUGUUUGCAGUGUAUUUUUGUAUAUGAAUUUUUAACUGUCAAUUUUAUAAGCUUUUGUUUACAGGAAUGUUCUCCACAUACCUUUUUUUGCCUAGCACGUGUAUCUUAGGUGUUUGUUUUUUUUUUUUUUAAACUUUCCUCUUAGCUUGGAAGUUGGAUCAGAAAAGUCAAGGCAACUAUUUGAUCCUUAAGGACUGUGAUCUUUAAAGAGAGGAACAUUAAUGUAUAUCACUGUAAUAUCUAUAAAUCAAGUGAGUAAUUUCUUUAAUCCGUAGGUUACCACUUGAAAAUCUCCUUUACCUUAGAACAUAGAUAGCUCCACUUAGGUAAGAGUGAGAGAUAGAAGAGCGAACUUGUUAAGACUACCGGAAGGCUGAUACUCUUGUCCACAGCACUGCAGCGUGGAUUUUACUGUUUCAACUCAAAGAAGUUAUCAUUGAUUAUUUUACACAGCCUAUGAUAAGGACAUACAAUUUUCAUAAACACCAAUUUGUCUUUUAAGUUUUUGUAUUUUUAGUGUUUCAAGGGAAAAAUAACAUCUGUAUUUCAAUAAAUCAAAAUUCUAACGUUAAAUUUGCACAUUGUGUCUUAAGUCUUUAUUAAAAACAUUGACUAAUUCUUACUCAAAGCUAACCCAGUGCAACCUUA